AUGAUCUUCUUUUGCUUGAUAAACCCAAGUCUAAAAUACCCCUUUCGCUCAGAGAUCCGAUCAGCAGGAGGCAUUAGUUCCCAGGAAGAGCUAAGAAAAUUCAUUUGCUCUUUAUUAAUACAGAAGAAACAUCCCCUUCAAGAUCCGAAAUAUGAAGUUCAGUGGGCAACAGUGUGGUCUGGAUUAGAGGAGGUAUACAAAGGAUGUGUUAACUUUAACCGGAAUUCUCGAAUGUCCUUAGAGGAAGCUGCUGAUAUCAUGGAAAGAAGUAGUCUUGACCUUUCCGAAUACGUGGACGUCGUGCACUUGAAAGUUAGCCAAAGUACAGCUAUAGAACAGUUCGACCAACAAAUUGCAUUUCGUCUUAAGGGUACGGCU